AUGCUUUUGGGCUGUCUGCUGCCCUUCAAUGGGAAAAAUGAGGCGGAGGUGGCAAAAGCAGUACGGAAGGGCAACUACGCCUUCAGCGAUGGUAUUUGGGACAAUGUGUCCGAAGAUGGCAAAGACCUCAUUCGCAAGUUGCUGAAGUUUCACGCUGUGGACCGGGCCACUGCUUCACAGGCUCGUGAGCAUGCAUGGUUCCACUACGCCGCCCCUGAACUUCGACGUUCAACACCUCUGCAGUCGUUUGUCAUCCCAGACCUCUUGAGAUUUUCCAAGCACAGUGCCUUUCAGCGGGCGGGGCUGCCAAGAUUCUGUCCGAGAUUUUAA